GGCCAGGGCCGGGAGACUGGCUACCAGGGUGCAGCCGCAGUCCCAGGACUCUGGCCGCCCAAUGUGCGGGCUGGCUCCGCUCACCCGGCCCUCCCAGGGGCCUCGCCAACCAGGCGGCUCCCUGUGGAUCCCAGCUUCUCAAAGGAAACUCCUUGCUUUGGUUCCCUAGUUCAGUCCAUCCGGGAUAGAUAGAGGUGCAGCCGGUCCAUGGUCUGGAGCGUUGUAGCAUAGAGUUAAGCCCCUUAAAAACUGCUGUUCUCGGUAAAGUUGCUACCCAGCUUUCUCAGGCCUGCGUUUCGGGCGACUGUGGGGCCUGGCUCUGCCGCCCUGGCCGCCGCCUUCAAUUGGCCUGUGUUUGUUUUAAGGGCCCAGAGAGAAGGGGAACAAGUUUUGCGAUGCAACCGAUUUGACCAGCAGACAAUGGCGGGUGCCGAUCUGUGUCUAAUGUACACAGGAGACACCGGCUCCGAGUCCGCACAGAGGAGGGGAUCUCAGGGCCUGUUUGUAGAGCCUUCUCGUGGUUUCUCUUUCCCUGCCGCGGUGUCCUCCCUGGGGGAGGCUCCAGCUCCAGGUCAGGGGUCUUCUCCAGGCUCUCCUGCUGUUGCCGAGCACACGGCCUCCCCCACCCCGCUGCCCACAGGACUGUGCCCCAGCCUCUGGCCCAGUCCAGCCCAGCAAGGGCCUUGGUGCAACCAGGCUUGCCCCAGAAGCCUGCAUUUUGCAGCUCCCUCCUGCCUGUAGAGGGUGGUGGGAGGGUGAGGCAGGACUGGCCAGGAGGCUGGCUCCGUGGCAUCUGCUAACUGCCCACUGCCCACAAGGAGCUGCCUGUGAGGGGUGGCCGUAGGACGGGCAGGUGGGGGCCAAGCCUCAUACUGUCCUCCAGGGCCCAGCGGCCAGCACUGCUAUGGCAUCAGGACAGGGCCGGCCCACGGCCAGCGGCCCAUGCAGGAGCUUCAGAAUAUCCUUUCCAGAGCCUGGAACCAUCACCAAGUCAGACUCCAGGGGAGGGGAGAGUUGGGGGACCACGGAGGCAGGAGCCACAUCUGCCCUGAGUAGCUGCCUCUUGGGAACUUGCGUGUGUCCCUGAGGAAGGUGGGGAGACCCCGCACUGGGCAGGAGGUAGGGCCUCAGAGUCAGGGCUGUGGGCUGCAAAGUUUGGCCUCACCAGAGGGGUAGGGCAGCAGCCGCAGACCCAGCCAAAAGGGCGACCUGGACUCCUCCGAAUCGCACAGACGGCCUCGCUUUCACUUUGUUCGAGCCGGGCGCUUAGGCCAUUUGCUUAGAUCGAGCUGGAGGAGGUUCUGCUGAGGGCUGCGGAGGAUCCCUGGGAACGCUGGGGUCACCGGCUGAGGCUAACUCCGGCCGGGUGGCUGGAAUCACCGUGGGUAGUUGCUUGGUGGGGUCUACACAGGCCGAGGUUGGGGUGUGGAGGCUCAGCGAUGGCGCAGAGUGAGCCACUUUUGUGUUUCAGAGAACGGCCAGGGGCUGUCCUGCCGACCCACUGGCCCUGGCUGGGCAGGGGCCUGGCCGGUUAAGUGGGGAGCAGGAGAGGAGACCAGGCAGGGAGGCCCCGCGCUGGGCGCUGGGCCGGUCGAGGUGAGUGGCCCUGCCCUCCCCCACCUGCGGUGACCCUAGGUCCCGCUGCCCCCCAGGCGGAUGUUCCCCACGUUCCAAGUGAAGCUGUUUGGUAUGGAUCCCAUGGCCGACUACAUGCUCCUAAUGGACUUUGUGCCGGUGGACGACAAGCGGUACCGGUAUGCCUUCCACAGCUCGUCCUGGCUGGUGGCCGGGAAGGCAGACCCUGCCACGCCGGGCCGAGUGCACUACCACCCUGACUCGCCAGCCAAGGGUGCGCAGUGGAUGAAGCAAAUUGUGUCCUUCGACAAGCUCAAGCUGACCAACAACCUGCUGGACGACAACGGCCAUAUUAUUCUCAACUCCAUGCAUAGAUACCAGCCACGCUUCCACGUGGUCUACGUGGACCCGCGCAAAGACAGUGAGAAAUACGCAGAGGAGAACUUCAAAACCUUUGUGUUUGAGGAGACGCGCUUCACCGCGGUCACAGCCUACCAGAACCACCGGAUCACGCAGCUCAAGAUCGCCAGCAACCCCUUCGCCAAAGGUUUCCGAGACUGCGACCCCGAGGACUGGUGA